AUGCGGGCAGGCACGGAGCAAGGCGAGCAGUGGAGGAAGGAGAUUUACAAGUACAGAGACACAGGUGCAGACAGCGAAGGGGACAGCACAGGCUCAUUCCUCAAACCCUCCCUCAAGCCAGCCUCUGUCCCAGCUGUGUCAGUAUCAGGUGUAUCUGGAGCAGGUGCAUCGGUGCGCACGCGCACGUCGUCCUUCCAGCCGUCCUGCUCCUCUGCCGCCAUGCGCCGUCUCUGGUCGCUGCACCGUGCGGUGGAAACCACCAUCGACGACCCCGCGCUGGAAGCUGCAGGUGUGCUGGAAGCAGGCGGGGUUUCAGGGAGUGUGAGAGGUGUAGGCAUUGGGGGAGGUUCUAGUGCCCCUCGAGUGGGGUCGGACGGGCGGAUGUACCGGCUUCACAAUGGCAGGCUGGAGCGUGUGGGCGCAGACAAAAAGAUUUCGCCGGAAGGUGUUCGGGCAGCCCGGGAGAAGGUCAGGAGGGACCUGAUGUGGGAGGCUGAACAUGUGGCUGCUGGGGCUGCUGGGCGGGCUGCUGGGGGGGCUGCUGGGCGGGCUGCUGGGGGGCCUGCUGGGCGGGCUGCUGGGGGGGCUGCUGGGACUUCCGAGGCUGCCGGGGCUGCUGAGGUGCCUGCGAGGUGUGCUCGGGUGAUUUCGGUGCUGGAGGCGGCUCAGCUUUUAGCGGAGCAACGCACACAGAUUCGGGAAUAUGAAGAAAAUAUCAUGGCGUCAGCUGCAUGUGCUUCUAGUAAUUUGAAGAACGCGUUGGACUUGACGCCUUCUCCUGAUGACGAAGGUGCAUGGGUCCAAGACGAUUCAGCAGAUGAGUUUGAGGACGACGACGCACGGCUGUUUGCUGCGCUGCUGAUCGCUCUGCUCUGCACAGCGCCGAUCGCGCCGUGCGUUGCUGCGUCAGGCUGCCCACAGCUGGAGCAGGUGCAUGUGCGCGCGGGCGGCCAUGGGUCAGCAGCACCAGGCUGCUGCGGCGAUGCCGCCACUCCCUGUGGGAUCGCCGUGCAGAACGGCCGGGCCGGCGCGCCACGUGGCGGCUGCCUGUUGGUCGAGAACCAGGCCGUCCACGUCAGCAACGCGUCCUUCACCGGCUGCUCUGCUGGCAGCUAUGGCGGCGCGAUCGCGGCCCUGAACGCGCCACGUGUCACUCUCUCGCGCGUCCACGUCAGCGGCUCAUCCGUCUCGUCCCUCUCAGGAGGCGGCGGGGGAGUGGCGUUACAGAACGUGACUAUAGCGAGUGUGACAGAGUGCUGGUUUGAAGAGUGUACGGCGAAGGCUGGUAUUGGGGGAGGUGUUUACUGCGAGGCCAGUAGGGUGGAGGUGCAGGGAGGGGGAUUCUCGCGCUGCGCCGCUGAUUCGAAUGGAGGGGGCCUGGCAACUAAAGGGUGCUCCGGAAGCAUCGAUGGCGUCAGCUUCUCUGAGAAUAAGGCCACCAUCGGGGGCUGUAUGGCAGACACCUCCUCCCCCGCUCUCGCCGUUUCCCGCUGCUCCUUCCUCGCCUGCGUCGCCACCAACCCGCUCAUCGACCUCUACACCCACUACAUGCGCGGCGCCGCCAUUCAUGCCAACGACACUGCCUCCCUCUCCGUCUCCCUCUCCUCCUUCCUCAACGGGUCUAGCUCCAUGGGCGGCGCAGGGAUCAUGGCUCUAGGAGUUGGUAACCUCACGGUUACCACCUGCGAGUUUCGCGGUAACCACGCGACAGCCCCGAAUGGAGGCGGAGGAGCGGCGAUCGAAGGCCAGGACAGCAACGUCACCGUUCUGAACUCCUCGUUUUUCAACAACACCGCCGAAUCUCCUAUGAUGGCGUUCGGAGGCGCCGUUUACCUCAUAGACUGCCCGAGUCUCAUCUCCAACUGCUCUUUCGUCGGGAAUAGAGGAGUUCACACGACGGACGGGGCGACGAGUCAGGGAGGGGCGCUGCUGCACGCGUGGGGGAUGAUAAAGGAGCCGGUUCUUAUGGAGGUGGAGGACUGUGUGUUUGAGGGGAAUACUGCGCGGUUUGGCGGUGCGGCGAGCUUUGAGAGCCACGCGGUGCUUCGGCGGACGAGGUUUCUGCGCAACAAUGCUUCUUUCCGCCUCGCCGGUGCAGCAAUGUUCAUGCGGGAAGGGACCAUAGAGGACUGUGAGUUUCGUGACAACACAGUUUUGCACAGUGGAGGGGCCAUUGCAACUGGCGGCGUGGGAUUAACCAGCAUCACCCGCACCACCUUCAUCAACAACACCGCUCUUUCCGCGGAGGGCGGGGCGAUCAUGGUGCAAGCGGGCACCACUGGCUCAAUUUUCGUGGCCGACUCGCUCUUUCUCAACAACUCCGCUCUGCUCUCCAAAGGUGGCGCCAUUUUUUUCGCUGGCGAUAUACUCACUAUAGACAACUCCACUUUUGUUAACAACUCCGCCCUGGUCAAGGGCGGAGCGAUAUCAGUGGAAGGCUCUUCAUCAUCAUCAGCAGCGAAUGGCACGCUCUACCCUGUCUCUGUAUCCCACUCGCACUUCCUUUCCAACCGGGCCGAUCUGGGCGGCGGCGCAAUCUCCCUCUCCUCCCAGGCAUCAGUCAACGCAGUCAACUGCUCCCUCCUGCACUGCCGCUCAGGCAGCGGAGGCGCGGUUCUGAUCGAGGACUUUGGACGGCUGAGAUUGCACCGCAGCGAGUGCGCCUGGAACCAGGCGCCGUCCGGGGGAGGCUGCAUCUCCCUGGGCGAUUUCUCCUCCGCUACAGUCACGUCGUCUAACGUCACGUGUAAUGACGGCGGAAACGAGGGCGGAGCGCUGCGCAUGACGGGCCAAACGGUCCUCUCCCUCUCGGCGUCUCUCCUCUCAAACAACUCGGCUUUAGACGGAGGGGCACUGUGGGCGGAAAUGAACGCGCAGGUUGAGAUCUCCGGUUCGAAUCUCACCGGAAACACAGCCAAAGUGCAAGGCGGGGGAGUGUAUGCCAUCCAUAAGUCGAACCUCACAGUUUCGGACUCGCGUUUUGUUGGCAACCGGGCCUUGCUGGGCGGAGGGUUGCUGGCGGAAGGAGAGGUAGCGGUUUCAGUGACUGGAGAGACGGGGUUUGAGCAGAAUGAGCAGCACGGAGUGGUGCUGAUGGGUCAGACCAAAGCGAGGUUUCAAGACACGGGGUUUAGGGGGAACCGGGCGGGAGGGUCGAGGGACGGAGGGGCGGUUCUUGUGUCGGAUGUGGCGGUGGUGGUGCUGGUGGGAGGGGUGGUCAUGGAGAGGAAUUGGGCAAGGAGAGGUGGGGCGGUUUUUGCCGAUGCUGACAGCAGUCUAACGCUGUCGGAUGCGUUGUUGGGAGCUGCAGCAGCAGGGGGCGCAGUAGGGGGAGCAGCAGGGGUAGGAGCCGCAGGAGGAGUGAAAAGAGCAGCAGGGGAAGGAGCGGGCGCAGGGUCAUCCUCGUUACAAGCUCGCCGGCCACGGCUUAUAAGGAACCGCGCAGAAGAGCAGGGCGCAGGCGUCUUCGCAGGAGGCAACGCCACCAUCACCAUCACAGGCGCCGCUUUCACCAACAACAAAGCCGGAGGCUCGGGAGCAGGCAUUGCCAUCCUAGAGCAGGCUCACGGCACCCUCACUGGGUGUGGGUUCCGGAGGAACGUGGGAGGGGGAGAGGGCGCGGGGGUGUAUAUUAACCGGGGGGGAGCAGGCGGGGGGAGGAGGGGGAAGUGGGGGCUGGAUCGGUGGCUGUGGGAGGGCAGUGGGGAGCGGGACGCAGGGGGAGAGGCACACUACAGGGUGAGGGGGGACAUGGCCAACCCCGUCGCAGGGCUGCACGUCACUCUGCUUGAUGCUGCCGGCCUCGUGGCUUCUUCUGAUGACUCAGUGUUGGUGGAGGUGGUACCAAACCCAUACAUAUCAGGCGAGCUCCGAGCAACAGCAGUGGGUGGCACAGUCACAGUGCCGCCCAUAACCAUCGUCCAACACCUUCACUUCUCCUUCCGCCCAGGUGCCACCUCCCCCAGCGACUGCCUCCCCUGCUCCAACACCACCGCCGACAGAACCAACCUCCCCGCUAUGACCUGCGCGGACGGCGUUGCUGACGUGGCAGCGGGUUAUUGGCUGGAUCCGGGGAGUGUGGAGAACGGGGAGGUGGUGGUGUAUUCGUGUGAUGUGCUCUACGGGUGCCCCGGGUUUCAGGUCUCUACCCUCGAAAAUGAAACAAACACUUCUCUUUACCCGAGUUUGGAUUUGGGCUCGGGCCAAGGAGGAGGUGUGGCGGCAGUGGUGUGCAGCAAGGCGGAGGGGGGGGGGGAGGGGAAUGGGCAGGGGGAGGGGGAGCAGGGGCGGUGUGGAGCGGUUGGGGGGGAUGUGGGGGAGUACGGGCAGUGCGGGGAGGGGUACGCUCAAGUGCGGCUGUGCUCUGAGUGUGCUUCGAGUUUCUACGCUCUGCUUAGGGAGUGUCACGCCUGCACCGCCACUCUCACCAAUCUCUUCCCGCUCUUCCUCACACUCAUCAUUCUGGCAUGGGCGGCCAUGGCGCUACUCUCCUCCGCCUUCCACGCAGCAGCCACCUUUCUGACCGACCUGCAGCUGCUUGCACUCAUUGCGUCGUACAGCGUACCGCUCCCCACCUGGCUCAACCCCUUCAUUCAAGUCUUCCAGCUCUCUCUCUUCAUCCCUGUGAGUGGGUAA